UCCCUACUUAAUUAUCUGCAGCUCUCUUUCUGGAUCCUGCUGUUGUGAGACCCAGUGACUAAGUUACUUACUUAACUGCCUUUCCUGGGCUGGUCCUUUAAUACUGCAGAAAGUCCUACCAAUCGCUUUGAUCGCUCUAUUCCUCCGACGUGCUGCUCCUCGCCCGAUCCGGCGCUGAUUACCCCCCCAUCUCUCCUCUCUCGUCGGUGUGCCCUUUCCCCUCUCAAUCGGGACGCCCUUGCUUUUUUGGUAUUACUCGCCUUGCCUGUGAUUUCUUAUUCCCGCCAUGCCGACCUCCAACACUUCCUCCCCAGUUAAGCGCCCGGGGCUGGGCCGCCGCGCUGUUUCCUCUCACGCGGUCGUCACGCGCUCUUCCUCUUCAACUACCACCAUCUCCCAAGGCGAGCUCUCUCACUCUCACUCCUCGAACCCUCAGAAGCUUCCUCAUCGCCCUCAUCGCCCCCAUUUGGUCGGCGGUGGUCAUCGCAAUCAUCACCGCAAUCCUUCCUUCGGAAAGAACCUGAACAAGCUACAAAGACACCAGUCCUCCCACCAGAUCGGUACUACUACAACGACGACGGAAGGUCCCGCUCGCGUGCAUCAGCGCAAGAAGUCCGCACCCGCAACACCCGCUGCAAGCCCCCGGGGGCAUCACGUCCGCUGGGAUGGGGUGUUGGACGAACCACACCGCAGCACCGGUUCGAUGAAAAAGAAUUACUCGAGCCCGGCUCUCCGACGCAAUACUUCGGGUGUUUUGGGGAAGAAAGCUUUGGUCACCGACCGUCCUCACUCGAGCUCCGGAAAGAAGAAGACCGUGGGCUUUGAGCUGGCAGAUUCCGACAACGACGACGCUGACUGGGAAGAUACCACUCAGUCACCUGAAAGUACCCGGCGCAGCUCGGUCGCACAGUCGAAGGAGAGUGUGGAGAAUCCUGCCGUGCUGGUGGACCCCCUUACUUUCGUCAAACGCUCCUACCCACAAUUCCCUCGAGCAACCAGUCUUCCAGAGUCAACCAGCAAGAGUUUCGGCGAAGACCACCUAUCCGACGACGACGAUCAAGACGACGACGACGAUAACACUCCACAACAGCGUUCUGAUUCUGAGGAAAGACACGAAGAAGCGGGCCGCGCUCUCGACCAUCCCGAUAUUGCCGCUCGCCUGCUCAGCCCGUCCCAUUCCGCCAAAGCACCGCCCGCCAUGUCUUCCAUCUCCGCCACGGUGAAGCCGACCGCCGUGGAAUCGCUCUCGCGCAAUGCAUCUCUGACCAACUUGGCCUCCGGGCCUGAUGGUGCACGACGUCCCCUGUCUUCGUCCCACAAUACAUUGGCGCAUACUCCGGGUACUCAGGCCCAGGCGACCUCGUCUUCCAUUGAAGGCGGCGUGUCGAAGUUCAUCAUUAAUAACAAGACUGGACCACAUGCGUUUUCUCGUACCGACUCCGACCCGAAUACUCCAUCGUCCUUUCUACCACAUUAUCACCCACAGACACCACCAUCCCCUCGCGGUACCAGCUCCAGAAAGCCACGAGCCUCUCCACCUUCAAGGCCUCUCGGUGCCGAGCCGCAUUCCCGUACGCAGCAAAAACUUUGGUUGCAACGCACGGCGGCACUCAACACGUCGCCGCCUGACGGUCAUGGCGUAACUGCAACGGUCUCCCCAUCAGCCAUAGAUCCCGCAUUCAUUGCUGUGACCCACGCUCGGCCGAGCGCUGGCCCAUUUGAACCCGGCAGGGCCCUUGUCAACGGGCCUUCCCGCACAGGUGGGGCCGUGCACGACAAUGAAGUCAAGCAUAUCCGCAAAGCGUACGAGAAGACAGCGUUGGAACUCACAGUCGUUCGAAGGUUCCAGUCUCCCACGGGUGACAGCUUCAACCGGUUGAACAUGAUCCUUACUGAUCUCAAAGGUGGUGCUGCCAGCUCCAGCGUGACACAACGCGCAUCACUUGGCAAGCCGAUCAAGUCAGCACCAGCACUGACCCUCCUACAAGAAGGCACAGGUCGCCAUAGCGCUAGCCCAGAGCCCAGACAGCUCAUCGGCAAGAGGGAUCACGACAUGCACACCUCAGUCUCCCAGGCCUAUCUCCAAGAUCCAGAUGAUCUUGUGAACGAAUCUGACGCGGCUCAGGGACACAAGUCUCAACACCCGUCCCAUCGCAUACUCUCCACAUCUGACGAAGCCGUCCAUGGCAGUUCAGCCCCGGAGGACAUCACCGAAGACACCCUUCGUGCCAAUGAAGCGGAGAUGAUGAUCCGUCGCAUGUGGGAUAGUCGCGAAGUGGCCACCGCCGGCUAAUUGUACAACACCUCCCCUCUACCACCUUCUGUUCACUAUUUACCGCUGUCAUUUAUUCAUGUUCCCGGUUAUUUUUAAUUAGCAACCAUGGCGUU